UUCAAACCACGGUAGCAAAACAAUCGACGUAAACCAAUAGCUUGAGUGCGAUGCAGACUGAAGCCAGGGUAGGAGUAGUGAUGGAUGGAGGAGGAAGCGCUGCCGGUGGAGCAGUGGUUGUGGACGGCGGACCAUCUCGGAAAUUGAUUACUCAGCACCGUCACCAGUCUCAGAUCGGAACGGUUCCUCAGCUUCUCGCCGGUGGUGUUGCUGGUGCCAUCAGCAAGACAUGCACUGCGCCUCUAGCGAGACUUACUAUUCUCUUUCAGCUACAAGGAAUGCACGCGAAUGCUGCUAGUUUAAAAAAGGCUAGUAUAUGGCAAGAGGCUUCACGUAUUGUACGUGAAGAAGGAUUUAGGGCAUUUUGGAAGGGUAAUUUGGUCACAAUUGCUCAUCGGCUUCCAUAUUCCUCUAUCAGCUUUUAUGCAUUUGAACGCUACAAGAAUAUGUUGCAGUUGAUUUUGGGAAUUGAAAGCCAGGGAGAGAAUAUAACUGCAGACCUUUGUAUACGACUUGUAGGUGGUGGUUUGGCUGGAAUAACUGCUGCUUCUGUUACAUACCCUUUGGAUCUUGUUAGGACACGCCUUGCUGCUCAGACAAAUGUAAUAUAUUACAGAGGCAUAUGGCAUGCAUUACAAACCAUCAGUAGGGAAGAAGGGAUAGCCGGCCUAUAUAAAGGAAUGGGUGCUACUCUAUUGGGGGUAGGCCCGAAUUUGGCAAUCAGCUUUUCUGUUUAUGACACUGUGAGAUCGUACUGGCAGUCUCAUAGACCAGAUGAUUCAACUGUCUUGGUCAGCCUUGCUUGUGGAAGUCUUUCAGGUGUUGCGUCAUCAACAGUAACAUUCCCUUUGGAUCUUGUGAGGCGCCGAAUACAAUUGGAAGGAGCAGGUGGUCGGGCCCGUGUUUAUAAGACUGGUUUGUUUGGUACAUUCAGUCAUAUUAUCCGGACAGAAGGCCUACGUGGUUUAUAUAGAGGAAUUUUGCCUGAAUAUUACAAGGUUGUGCCUAGUAUUGGUAUUGUCUUUAUGACGUAUGAGAAAAUGAAGCAGCUUCUCUCUGAUAUUGACUGAUGCAUUGGCGGUUGACAUACUUGGAGAGUAAACUAACAAAUACAAGGUGCCGCAGUAUUAUAUAC